GUUAAAAUUCUCUGUUUGAUUUUGUUGGAUUAAAAUGUUUUUCUACAAAAUAUUGCCGAAAGCUUGUAAAAUUAAAGAAAUUAUUUUUUUAAAAAAUUCAACUCAACAAACACGGGCUGUUCCUCAAUACCAACAGAACAAAAUGGCCGGCGAAUGGGAUAUCAAUGAUGCGCACAUACCCUUCAUCCAGGAGCUUACGUACGAAAAGUUUAACGAAUGGGCCGACGGGCACGUGCGGCACGUGUACCACCCGACGGACGAUCACGCCCGAAAGCACAUCUCGGGAUGGGCGAUGCGCAAUACCAACAAUCACAACGUUAGCAUCCUGAAGAAAAGCUGCCUCGGUGUGCUUAUCUGUACCGCCCGAUGUAAGCUACCGAACGGGGGCCAAAUUAAUCUACGGCCCGCCAUCUGUGAUAAAGCGCGCCGCAAGCAACAGGGUAGGGCCUGCCCGAAUCGUCACUGUAAGGCGGGUCGGUUGGAGGUGCUACCGUGUCGGGGACACUGUGGCUAUCCGGUGACACACUACUGGCGACACACGGAGAAAGCGAUCUUCUUUCAGGCCAAAGGGAACCAUGACCAUCCGAAGCCGGAAUCGAAAACGUCCGGUGAGACGAGAAAGUUGAUCGGUGCGACAGGGAGUGGAGCGAAGGGUGCGGCGGCUAAGAGUAAAAAAUUGUCCGUACUUCUGCUAAGAGAUGCAGCAUUAGGAAAUAAGGUGUGUGUGAGACGUUUUCUUAUGUCUCUGAAAUCAUCAAGUAAAGCGCUCGGUACUACAGGGUCGGAAAUCCUACAGCCUCCACCACUAAUUCCGGAUCCCAGUUAUGAAGAUUCCUCAAAGUGCUCAACCUGUACCCGAACACCGUGCGUCUGUAGAGCUAAGCUUGGUCUCAACUCUCUGACCACUUCCCUAUCAAGGUCCUCGGAAGGUAGUGGGAUGUUCUUCGAUUCAUCUGGCCAUCAAGCAACUCUACAAACUCAUCACCAUUCCAAUGGGACGUGGCAAUCAUACGAGCCUACAAUUGAAUCCUUCACACCGUCCUCUGCAUACGAAGGACCUGGAGGUCCUGGCAAUGGUUCCUGCAAUUCUAGCUUAAUGAACGAGUGCUUCCAUCCGGAGGAAAUCUUCCAGCUUGAUCAGCCCCUUCGACAGCAACAGCAGCAGCAACACCAUCAGAACACCAAUGGAGGUACACCGGCCAUAGUUAAUCAACUGGCUACCACAACUCCGACCACUCUGCUUGACCUCGGCAGUGGAGCUAUCUAUAAGAAGUGUAACCAAAUCAGCCCCGAGUACAUAUUCGGAGCGAAUACCUCCUCAAGUACUGGUGCUGACUCAUUAACCGGCGCUUAUCACACCUCGAAUCAAUCCUGCUCGUAUGGAACUUCCGCGAAUGAAAGCUGUAACACAGCGGUCACUACGGACCAUCAUCUUACGCUGCACAACAGCAAGUACUUCGCAGGUGAUGCUAGCUAUAACAAUCUUCCUCAUGAUGAAAGCUCUUCCAAGGAUUUGUUAAGAUACAUCAAAAAGGAAAUUGGUUCCACCAACGCGGGAAAAACUGCACUCAGCGAUAACGGCCUUAGUGGGACAAGAGCGCGAUCGUACGAAUGUGAUCAGAAUCAAUACAAAAAGGCUUCCUACACCUUCCGAGGGACAUCCACUAUUGGAACCUACUUUAGCAAUAGUGUCAAUAAUAAUAGCAGUAGUAUCGUUAACAACAAUAGUAUAACCUCGGCGGUAUCACCCAACAAACAGGCUAAUUAUAACCAUCUUACAAACGAACCAUCUGUCAAUUACGAUUAUCACUCGACCGAUCAUACCACCUCCCCGAGUAGCCAUACGAACUCUAACUUCUCCGACCAGACGUUCGGUACGAGUAGCUGCAGCUACAUGAGUACGUCGGUGGCAGGGCCACAGCACAACCAGGAGAUACAUUACUCUUAUGCUGCCGGUGAUAAUUAUCGUUUCGGGAGCAAUUACGCGAAGGGUUCGUCGCUUGCACCCAUUCACGGUGGUGCAUCGUUUCAAGCAACAGCAGUGCAACAAAUGCAUCCAGAGCUACCACUAGCUGCAUAUGAAUUUUAUUAGAAUGCAGCGAGCUUUCGUGGUAAAUAGUCGAUAUGGUGAAGAAUAAAUGAUUG